ACCUGCGUCCAGCAAUUGUAUCAUCUCACCCACGCCAGCUCCAUCUGGCGUGACAUAUUCGUGGGGAGAAACCAGCCAGCCCACUGCCACGCCAAAUCCGAGCAACGGAGCUUCGUCUCAAGCGGCACAGAGCGCCGCUUCACGCUUUGGUUUCGACGCGAUGAUCGCUUCGCUAGCGCUUGCGUCGACGAUGGUCGUUAUGGUUGUUGUCAGCUGGUAGCCAUCUUCAUUUCACGCACUUCAAUCAUUGGCAACGCUCUUUGCCGAACAUGCCCAUCGUUGCCCCGAGCAGAGCUGGUUCGCUUCCGUCCCAUCCUGUGAUACGUUCAUGCAAUGGAGCACAGCAAAGAACGCUCAGAAGACUCGAUAUUGACUUUUAUCACCGCGCGCGUUGCCGCCGAGCCAAUUGCGCCCACGAUUGCAGCGCUUGUGAAUGCCGACGAUGUGAUCGAACAGGAUCCACCGCCUCGCAACGACUAUGCGACAUACGCAGAAGAGGUCAUCCACAUUGCCUCGGACGUCAAUCUAGUCCCACUAAGACAAAACUUUGCGAAACGAUGUCUCGCUACUUUGAACCCGAGACCUCUGUGGAAGAAGAUCGCACGGCCAUUAUCAUCAGGAACACUCGUGCGACGAGCAUCACUGAAGUCGCCAAAGCUGCUUCGCGCGCGUCGCUUGGCCACAGAACAGAGUGGCGAUUCGCCGGUGACGGAGCAGAACCGUGACUCUGCGCACGUCGAGCAGCCCGCUACUGAUGCUGCAAGCGUCAACAUCGACACUCAAUCGGUCGUGAAAGAUACAAUACUGACUCCUUCGCUUUCAUCUGCCUCUCAUGCAACAUUCGCGUCUGCUGCAGUGCUCGACGAGCGAUACCUUUUACUCGGCUCGACGCUUGGCCUAUCCUUUAUAGCGUUGGAUUCGCCAAUUCCUUGCAAGCCUGUUGCAAUCCUUAGACAUAUCCGUGUAAGCAGAAUCGUCAUCCUGCCUCGAGCUUCGAUUUUGCUACUUGCCGUUGGGCGCCCAACCGACGUCAGAGUGCGUGUAUACAAUCUCGCAGAGAUACGCGCUCGGAUCGAGCACAAGCUCUCGCCACAUCUGCGUCGCUAUACCGCGCAACUCCUCAACCCAGACCGCUCUCAACCCCGAUCGAAACCGGUCGCAGUACCUGUGCAAGACGUUCAAGCGCUUCCUCCCGUGGCCGGACCAGUGCGGGACCGCCAACCUAGUAUUGCGCAACAAGUGCACGAACGCGAAGUUGCGAGAAUGGCCGCGUCUGCCCUUGUCACGGCGGAUGAUACGCACUCCCUGAUCGCUUGGGCCAACGACUUGUGUCGUACCGCAUUCGGAGAGUCUGAUGACCCUGGCAACCAAAGAUCGGUACAGCGGGCAUCUUGGCGUAAUUCAUGGCGAAGAAGCUGGCUGGGCGGACUGCCUCUGCAUCUAGAUCCUCCACGCAUCGCGACGCCUCCAGCUAGAAGGACUGCGCGAGAAUCGACCCGCGCUUCAGAUGUACUGGAUCACGAGGCGCUCCUCUCGAUGCUCAAUGCCACGCCAACUACGUCCAUACCGGCUGCGACAGUGACGGACAGAGCACGUCGACCUUUGCCAGCGGUACCAGACACCGCAAUAGCGCCUACUCCCAGUGCCUUGGAGAGCAAGACUCAAGAACAGAGACCUUCUUUCGAAUUGCCUCUUGUGGAUGACACACUCUCAAAAGUACUGUUCGGUAGCCAGUCGCAUCGCGGUCUCUCUUUUGGACGCGAGCCACCGUUCGUCGUUCUGCAAGACUGCUACAAGGUGUGCGACAUCGUCGCACACGAAGACGAGUCUCGCUGUUUCAUUCUUACGCUUGGCGGACAGCUCGGUCGGAUCUUGCACACCUUCGAGGGCACUCCACGCAACCCUCUUGCAUUGAGACGAGGCUUCGCUCUGCCCGAGAAACCUAUCACAAUCAAGUUGCUUUCGCACGCAGUGGGCUGCCUCGAGAUCGCGCUGCUUUACCCUCAUGCUGUCUUUCUGCUCGAUCCUUUGACCAUGCGCGCCCGCCGGCUCGGCAUAUCUCAACAAAACGCAGUCGUGCCAUUUCAGAACCUCGUUCCUGUACCGCGCAUGCCUUCCUUGCCAUCUUCCCAGCUGUCCAGGUCAUACGCUAUCCCGCCGACGUAUGCGAGCGCGCUUCGCCGUACGGAGCCGCCUGCGCCAGACUUACUCUCGCCCAUCAAUCUGCUCCUGGCUUCUCAUCCGCCGGUCCUGGUGCUCACGACAAGCUGUAGUACAAUCCUGAUCGACGAAUGUGGCAAGGCCAUCCUUGCAUCGCCUGUCAGGUGGCAAAGGCGGCAAGGUGAAGAAGCACGUGAUUGCCCGCUGUUCCGCGCAGAUGGCUCCUUGCUUUUGGUGCGCGUGAGUGCAGCCGUCUCUGCGGUUGACCUGGCUCAGGUCGGCUGGCCUGUCACUACACUGACAUCUUCGAAGAGGAAGAGUCAUUCGCUGCUUUGUCUAACGGAUCGCAUGCUCUACUAUGUGCAGCAUACUCAAGUGAAAGGAAGGACAGAGCAUGUUGUACGCUGUCUACGUGCAUGAAAGCAUGCAUGUACAGAUGAGCUAGUCUUGGCUAGCAGGCGCUGGUGCUAUUGCAGCGGAUAUGCGCUAUGAGCUCGCUCCCAGAGAGGGGAAAGCUGUAGCGUCUUCGGUGUUGACUGAACGAGCACCGCCACGUCCUCCACGAGACGAGGUACCAUUCUCUGCUC